AUGGUGUUUGGAGGUUUUCUAGAGGACCCAACAGUUUAUAUGGCCCGUGACUUUCUGUUGAUGGCCUUCUAUAUGUUUGGAGCCUGCCGUCGAAAUGCAGCCUUCAUGUAUAUUGGAGUAGCAGCAAGAGCUUCUAUAGUUCUGGGACUACAUGUUUCCGGACAGUACAGACAGAUGCCUGCAGAGGACAGAGCUAGAAGGUAUGUUCUUAGCUCCUGGUUGCUGGAGGAAGCUAAUCGAAUCGCAAGGCUACGGAUCGGGAAAAGCAUUCGAGUGCUCGAUCUCGUCUCUAGCUCUAUCUUAGGUAGACCUGGAAGCACAUCAUCACUCCGUACCGAUGACAUUCGUGUAGAUGACUUCGACCAAGAAGCUAGCCAUCGCACUUCGGCCCUCAAUGCUGCAUACGAGGCCUCCUCGGUGCUAGAGGCUAUUGUCCAGAGGCUCACUGAGGGGGAGAAGUUGGACGCUAGUUCUGCCGACCACUUCCUGCAAAUCUGGCGUGAAUGGAGUCAAGCACUGCCGGACAAAUUGCGUCUACGGCCCCGGAAAGAACCCAAUUUGGGAUUGAACCCAGACUACAGGGAAAAUAUGAUUGGGAACAUCCAUGUCGCUUGCACUUACUAUUUCGGCGUCAUCCUUGUGACACGGCAAUCUUUGAUCCAGCACAUUAUGCCACAGAUCCGCGGCAAGCGACCAAGGAAGACGACCCUCCGUCAAGAAACCAAUGAAGAAGGAAAUGAGAAAGUUGCUGAAUUGUCAAGCGUUUGCACUGACGCCGCGACCUACAUGGCACAAAUGUGCUGCGAUGCAGCCGAGGCUGGGAUUCUGUGGGGAAAUAUGUGUAUCUUGAAAGCAUGGCUCUUCGCGGCCGGCCUAGUCUUGGGGUUUUCUCUUCUCGCGGAAGGGCAGACGACUUCAGAAAUUUGCGAUGCCUUCCACGGCGCAUGCCGUCUUCUCGGGUCACUAGGACACUUGAGUCCUCAAGCGGCACAGUACCAUCGUAUUCUCACGAGCUUUUCUGAGGCCAUCGAUGUCUACCGUGAGCGGCUACGGCAUGAGCGGCACGAGUCCCGAACGCCAUUUGUUGAACGGAUAUUGACCCUGGAUCCAAGCAGUGACGCCAAUGGUGAUGUGCAAAACAACCAAGAGUCGGCACCUAUCACCACACUGAAUGGUGAAUCAAGAGUGGGAGAGAACGAGGAUGAGUCCUUCUUGGAAUCACUCUCCGGCUUCUUGAGUCUACGAGAAACAUCUGAUUGGCCUCCACCGUUGGGGAAUGACGAUUUAAUGCUACGCCUUUUUUGGGAAGGAUAUGCCCUCAACUUCACAGACUAUCUCCCACCUGAUGAGACAGUACCGCCUCCUACUUGA